CAGGAUCAUAAUAUGGCCAAUUACGACAAUAGUGAUACUGGCAACUCUAAAGGCCCUCUGGAGAUGUUCGGCUUUCUGAAGAAUCUUACUGGGGAUAAGAAGACCACUCGAGAUGGCCAAACUCCCAAGCGUCGUGGUCCGAAACCUGACAGCAAACCCGCGUUGACACGUCGUCAAGAACUAAAUCGACAAGCGCAACGGACGCACCGCGAGCGAAAAGAGAUGUACAUCAAAGCACUAGAGCAGGAGGUCCUCCGCCUUAAGGAUCUCUUCGCUCAGACCGUCCACGAACGCGACAACUUUGCGGAAGAGAACCGUCGCCUCAAAGAGGUCCUUGCCGCUCAUGGCAUCCACUACGACAUCAACAGCCCGUCUCUAAGCAUCAAUCGGCAGAAUAGCUCCUAUGGCGAUGCGAGCUCGGCCGGCAGCGUCCAUAGCUAUGGACCAAACACCGAAUCCACUCGAUUCACCUCUCCUCCGAACAUUUCUCCUGGCAAUAUGCCACCAGGCCGAGCACCACCUCCCGUACCAACCAUGGCCCCUGGCCAACAGGGCGUCGACUAUGACCAGAUUGGGAUUGACUUUGUUCUAACCCUCGAACGCCCUUGCAUGGACCACAUGCAAUUCCUCAUGGUCCGCUCCCAAGAUUCCGAGGGCGAGAUCUCCGGCCACGUGCUCAUGGCGACUUGCCCCCCCGAGUCGCACGUCGCACACUCCCCCGACGACCAGUACCCGCACAAGAUGCCCGACAUGUCUAUGCCGGAGCUGGUCAAGCUGCUGGACCUCAGCAACCGCCUGCCCCUGGACGGCGAGAUCACCCCGAUAAUGGCAUGGGUGACGAUCCGGAAGCAUCCGCGUGUGCUGGAGAUGGGGAAAGAGGAUUUCGAGAACAUCAAGGAGGCGCUGACGGCGAAGGUUCGCUGUUAUGGUUUCGGCGCCGUCCUCGAGGAACUCGACGUUCGCGAGGCGCUGGCUGAGAUCUUCGAACAGAAGGACGGCUAGAUCAAUUCCAGCAUUCUUCAAGGAGGAUUCUCGAACCUGACUUCAACGUGAUUUUCCAUUCACUUCCUACGCUCCUUUGAAUUGGCGGUUCACUGGCCCCUGCAUUUCGCCCUUGGGAUGUUUACGGUGCCCAUGAUUUGGCUUGGAACGGGACAGGAUGGAUGGAUGGAUAUGGGGUUUUUAAGACUGGCGACGGAUGGCAUGCAGGGACGGGAUAUUUGAAUACGGGGGAACACCGGCGUAGUUACCGAACGAUCUUUGGAAAUUUUUUGCAUUCUCGAUUUGUUUGGGCGAAAUGUAAGCCAGGGUCGGCAGGGUAUUAGCUAGUAUCUUCUACAUGUCGGGUUUGGCGUAACGAACCCGAUGACACGAAGAACAGUUUACACAGGUAGAUUAAUGGAUAGCGCUUAUUAAUAGACAGUCGAUAAGGACAUAUUAGGUUCCAUUGUCUCGUCGUAAUCGCGCUGGUG